GUGAAUUUCCUAGCUUGGCGUCGUCCAUGGGAUCGGUUCUUGAAACUAAAAAUAGCAUUAGUUUAGGUUGUAAACGCGCUACUAUGGCAUCUGCUCGUCUGACGGAACACUUUUAAAGGCGCAGAUGGGCGGGACACUCAGAUAACACGAGACUGAACGGAGGCAAACGACCACACUGGACCAGUCAGGUCAUUCAUUAUUGGCAACAUUUACACGCUUAGUAGCGCAUUUAUGCUUCGUUUUAGUCAUGUUACACCACGGGAAAGAGGAGUGGGAGUCCAUCUGACUGAGCAUUUUACUGUCCAUAAAGGUUGAUUUCAUUUCUGAAUCCAUUUCUGCUGCUGCUCCGGUUCUUUGCUUUCGUGUCAAAUAUGGAGUGGUCUUAUUAUUAUUGUCCCCCAAAGCGUGGCACUGGGUUCCUGUGGACGAAACCAGAAGAUAUGAAAUAACCAUUCCCUCUUUAUUACAGAUAACAGUGUGGAUUUCCAGCCACUGCCUGACCAGCCCAGUUGGUAUGGAGGACCGUGGCCCCAAUGGCCACAGUGAUCCAGCUCAUGCUGACCAAAGUUUACAAGUUGACUCCGGUCAAAGUUGUGAUGGGAUCCAGGUGGAUGUUGGACACAUUCUUCGACAGAUUGCCAUCACAGAUGAGAGUCUGGACGAAGCCCAGGCCAGGAAACUGGCGCUCAACUGUCACAGUCUGAAGCCGGCCCUCUUCAGUGUUCUGUGCGAGAUGAAGGAGAAAACAGCUUUAAAAAUGCCAAUACAGGAAAAAGAGGACCCUCCAGACCCACAAGUCAUGCGACUGGACAACAUGUUGUUCGCUGAAGGGGUGGCCGGCCCAGUCAAGGGGGCGGCGGCGGCUGCCUCCACUGCCACCUCAGGAGGGAUACCGGACGAUGAAAGUGAAGAACACGCCGACUACAGAGAGAAGCUUGAUCAAAUACGACAGAUUUAUCAGGCUGAACUGGAGAAGUACGAACAGGCGUGCAAUGAAUUUACAGGUCAUGUGAUGAACCUGCUGAGGGAACAGGCUCGUACACGACCCAUUAUGCCCAAAGAGAUCGAGACCAUGGUCUCGGCAAUACGUCAGAAGUUCACCGCCAUCCAGACGCAGCUGAAACAGAGCACGUGUGAAGCCGUGAUGAUUCUGCGCUCCAGGUUCCUGGAUGCCAGGAGGAAGCGGAGGAACUUCAGCAAGCAGGCCAUUGAGAUCUUAAAUGAAUAUUUCUACUCCCACUUGGUGAACCCCUACCCCACUGAGGAGGUGAAGGAGGAACUGGCCAAGAAGUGCUCCAUCACUCCAGCCCAGGUGGCGAACUGGUUUGGAAACAAGAGGAUCCGAUACAAGAAGAACAUCGCCAAGUACCAGGAGGAAGCCAACAUGUACGCCACCAAAACUGCUGCAGAUUCUGCGAGUCUGUCUUCACAGACCAGUCAGUCCAACUCCCCAGCUACACCAAACUCAGGAGGAUACACAUCCUUUUCCUACGCUCCUGAUGACAGAUUAUGAGAGAAAAAUCUUCGUCUUUCCAGGUCCAUGAUGAGUCCAUUCCCUCCAUAUCUGGACACAAACCUCACUGACUACUUAGUACUUCUUAUGUUCUUAACCAUGUUGACUUUUUUAUUAGCAUGUUUUCCACUUCAUUUUGUAUACAUUAU